CCCGGUACGCAGCCGCAGUGCCUUGGGCGCUCGCUCGCGCGGGGUCGCGGAGCGCUGGUUGCGCCGCCAGUGGCCGGCAUGAAGGCUUGGGGUCUUGCUGCUGCCUCCUCGUCGCUCCAGCGCCAUGGAAUGCCUGCGGAGCCUGCCCCGGCUCCUGCCCCGCGCGGUGGGGCUGCCCCGGCGCACUCUAUGUGCUCUGGCCUUGGGCCUGACCCCCGCGACUCGGCCUGUGGGCCGCGCAGCCGGACUCCUCGGAGGGAGCCGGGCCGCGCUGCUGUGCACGCCCCGCCGGCCCCGCGUGGCAGGUGAGGUGCACCGGUUUAGAACUUCUGAUGUCUCUCAAGCCACCUUAGCCAGUGUAUCCCCUGUAUUUACUGUGACAAAAUUUGACAAAGAGGGAAAUGUUUCUUCUUUUGAAAGGAAGAAAACUGACUUAUAUCAAGAAUUAGGUCUUCAAGCUAGAGAUUUGAGGUUCCAGCAUUUAAUGAGCAUCACAACCAGAAACAAUAGGAUUAUCAUGCGAGUGGAGUAUUUGAAAGCUGUGAUUACUCCAGAGUGUCUUCUGAUAUUAGAUUAUCGUAAUUUAAAUUUAGAGCAAUGGCUAUUCCGGGAACUUCCUUCGCAGUUGGCUGGAGAGGGUCAACUUGUCACAUACCCUUUACCGUUUGAGUUUAGAGCUAUAGAAGCACUCCUGCAGUAUCGGAUCAACACCCUUCAGGGGAAACUUAGCAUUUUGCAGCCACUGAUCCUUGAGACCUUGGAAGCUUUAGUGGAUCCCAAGCAUUCUUCUGUAGACAGAAGCAAACUGCACAUCUUACUACAAAAUGGCAAAAGUCUAUCAGAAUUAGAAACAGAUAUUAAAAUUUUUAAAGAGUCGAUUUUGGAGAUCUUGGAUGAAGAAGAGUUGCUAGAAGAGCUCUGUCUAACCAAGUGGAGUGACCCACAAGUCUUUGAAAAGAGCAGUACUGGAAUUGACCACGCAGAAGAGAUGGAGUUGCUGUUGGAAAACUACCACCGAUUAGCUGAGGAUCUUUCCAAUGCAGCUCACGAACUCAGGUUACUGAUUGAUGAUUCACAAAGCAUUAUAUUCAUCAAUCUGGACAGCCACCGUAAUGUGAUGAUGAGGUUGAACCUGCAGUUGACCAUGGGAACCUUCUCUCUUUCGCUGUUUGGAUUAAUGGGAGUUGCUUUUGGAAUGAAUUUGGAAUCUUCCCUCGAAGAGGACCAUAGAGUAUUUUGGCUGAUUACAGGAAUCAUGUUCAUGGGAAGUGGCCUGAUCUGGAGGCGUUUGCUGUCAUUCCUUGGACGACAACUUGAGGCUCCUUUGCCCCCCAUGGUGGCCUCUUUACCUAAAAAGACCCUUCAGGCAGAUAGGAGGAUGGAAGUGAAACACAGCUUCAGGCCCGAUGGACUUGCAUCAAGCAGGAACCUCCUCGCAAACCGUUAGGAACAACCCCAUGGAAACUGAAUUGUUUUUUAUGGUAGUCACAGUAAACUUGUGAUACUCUUUUAUUACUUUCUUUUGUAGAGUCAGAGUCUUGAAAAAAAUCACUGAUAUGUAAAUUAUAAUGUCUGGUGGUAAAAAAUACUAUGGCAGUCACAAUACUGGAACUUAAUUGCAUUUUCAGAAUUCUGAGUAAAGAAGCAAGGUGCUUGCUUUGUAAAAAGCCAAAACUAUUUCCUACAAACUGAAAAAGCUAUUUUUAUAGACAUAAUGUGAGGCAUAGAGUGAUUAACUUAACAAAAGAAUGGAUUGUUGUAUAGAUUUUAUUUAAUUUAUAUGUAUCAAGAAAAGUGCGAUUUCAUGCCGAAUGAAGCCUGGAAACUUGACAAAUCCACAGUUACGUGAUCAGGUAGCCGUAGUUUUUAGUCAGUACAGGGAAUCAUGUUCUUUUGAAUUCCCUCACUUUCGGGUGACUGAAAAGCUAGCAAAAUAUAUAUUAACUUUAAAACGAACUCUGGAAGUUUGUGCUUUAAAUCACUCCUUGAUAUAACCUUAUUUUCUUGUAUUUGCCCCCUUUUUAUAUAAGGUGAAUGAAAAGAAGGAAAUGAUAAUUUAACAUCAGCUUUAUAUGGAUUCCAAGUAAUCAAGAUUUCACUUUCUCAGCCCCUGAAACUGUUUUUCUUCGCUUGGCUAUGAUUAAAGGCUUUGGAAGUAGUGCUGAAAGGAAAUGUUUCCAUUCUACUCCUGUUCUAUAGCUGCUUGGGUCAUUCUCUGAUUUUUAGAGAGAUGGAUGUGUCACCCCAGCCACCCCGCAAAAAGGAAAAUGUGUGUAGUCCAGCACCUCAAAAGUUCACCACUGGACUUCCUAAAACAAGAGAGUUAGGUAAACUUCAAAAUUGUGAUCCUUUUUGUGUUCACAAUCAGAUUGGGGUUUAAGACAAAUGGCUAAUAUUUGUAAGUCUCUAAGCUGCUAUCCUACUUGACAUCUUAACCACUUUUUUUUAUAUUUUCUGGAGGUUAAAUACAGUUAUGCAGUAGAACAUUACAGUUAUACUUGCCACCAAAAGUAGCAUACGUGAACAAUUCCAGAGUUUCCAGAGCAGCUCUUGCACUACCAAUGUAAUAAUUAAAGAACGUGCAUACCCUAAGAUGUCAUACGGGGAAGUUUGGGGUCUGUUUCCCAAGUGGUUUGGUGCUAGGAAUAAAAAUGCUAUUCCAGCAGCUGAUUUGAAAGGAAACAAAUGCAGUUACAAGUGAAGUUUUCCCCGCUCCCGUGUGUGGUUGUGAGCAGCCAUUAGAGGGAAGCUGGAGAGUAGAAUGGCAGAAACAGGCCAGGCUUGUCUUGGGUACCAAAUGGCCCACUUGGCACCUCUGGGUCAGGAGCACACUUCAUCUGUGGCUGUCAGAAUGUGAACACACAGCACUCUAGCAUCAUAAUCUGUGUGAUGAUUUUCAAGAUCAAGUACCUUUGAUAAUACUUAAUUUCACAGGGCACUCUUCUUUGGCACACACACCUCAAAGCACUCUGCUAUUUUUGGUCAUAUGUUAUCACUGUAAAACAGGUAAUAAAUAUUACUUAAUUGUGACAUAGGAAGAAUUGGAAGCCCAGAGGGCAAAAUUUUAUUUGACUGAGAUCAGGCCUAGGAUAGACUUUUGGUCAUUUUUCCUUGUAGUGGUACUGACAUAGUUUAUGGGCUUGAAUAAAAUAAUUUUUUUGACGAGUCAUGUCUCAUCCAGAAAAGGGAAAGUAAAUGCAGCUACCUCAUAAGUCUGAUAAAGGGAAGUUAUUGAUCAUUUAUAAAACUCUUAAAGGUGGUUAGAUCAAGUAUGGUCUCAAAAUGUCCACCUGCUCUGCUUUGGUGAUAGCAGGGUGCAUCCUACAUUAAGGUUCUCUUAAAUGAUGAAACAGACUAUGCCAAAAAAAUAGGAACAUCAGCGGUUUUAAAUAGCCUGAGCACAUAAACUGUUUGAAAGUGAAGUGGUAGAAUACAAACUCUCGGUUAUGUGAGUAGGCAAGCAUAUCCCGUUUAACACGUACAAGUGAGUACAGGGAGUGGCACUCUUAACGGGCUUGGUCUUUGGAACACCUCUAAGAAAAUGUGGCAGAAGAGUGUCAUUUUAGGAUGCUAUUAACACUUGCUUUAUUCUUGAUAAAUAUAGACUGAUGACCACUAAAACAAUUUCAUAGUAAAAAGCUGUUUAUUUUGGUGAAUUACUUUGAGUUGUACACAAUGUUUGUUUUUUGAAAUUGCAAUAUUAAACUCACUUUACAUUUAGGAUUUGCUUUCUUUCCUUUCGUUUUAUCUAUGGAGGUGGUCCAAUGGUGGUGCGUGGAAUAGGGAAUAGAGACCUGAGAUUAUUUCCAGACUCACUGCAAAUCAUAAUUAGUCUCUUGGGUCUGUGAUACAAAGGCAUAAAACAAUUCUCAUCUUAAAGUUUUGAAGAAAGUUGUUACAUAUACAGAUAAUUGAAAGACAAAACUUGUAAGUAUGUAAAUGUGUUCUGAUAUCUUGAAGUAAAGAUAAUUUUGAGUUAGA